AUGUCCUUCCUCGCACGCGAGCCGCCGCGGCCGCCGAUCCCCACGCGCCCGCCCGAGGCGCCGCCGCUGCUGGCCGCCGGGCGCGGCGCGGGCGGCGAGCCGCCGAGCCUCGGCUCGCUGGCCUUCUUCAGCUCGCACUACGCCGUCGUGCUGCUCGUGCUCGCCGUGCUGCUGAACCGCAUCCAGCACCUCUGCCGCCCGCGCCAGGCGCGCCCGCUCUCGCCGCUCGUCAAGCUGGCCUUCCGCCUGCCGUCGCUGGCGCUGCUCUCGCACACGCUGCUCAGCCUCGCGCACCAGACGGCGGCGCAGUGGCAGUGGGCGCGCGCCGCCCACCUGGCACCGCCACGCCUCAGCAUCGACGAGCUGCUCUGGCGCAUCUUCAUGGCGUCGUGCAUCAGCGUGCUGUUCUCGACGCUCAUCGCCGCGCUCGAGGGCGUGCGCCCCGGCGAGCGUGCCGACGGCCGGGCGCCGGGCAUGCACGGCGCGCAGUACAACAACCCGUUCGGCAUCGUGUGCUACGCCAUGCUCUGCCACCUCUACUCCGUCGGCGGCCUGACGCCCGACAAGCACGCGUGGCUCAGCUUCCUGCUCGACAUGGGCGAGCUGUACUGCCUCGAGCUCUUCAGCCUGCGCCGUGCGCCCGUGCCGCGCCUGCCCGUCUCGACGUUCUUCGGCCUCGCCGCCACGGCGCACUACGCCCUCGCGCACUUCAGCGGCCGCUCGCUGCCCUUUGUGCAGAGCCGUGCGCUCGACAUUGGCCUCAUUCUCAUUGUGCUGCUCACCAUCUUCCUGCACGGCCUGACCAUGCUCGUCACCGAGGGCUCGAUCGACACCUCGCGCCUGGUCUUCACGCGCGCCAACCUGCCGGCGAUGGGCGACGACUACUCGACGGCGCUGUUCAAGCUCGGCACGGCGUGUCUCGAGUCCACGCGCCUCUCGGGCCUCUCCAACGAGCUGGGCGGCGUGCCGACGCCGCUCGGCACCUGGCUCGAGCUCUCGGCGUCGGGCGGUGCGACGGUGCACUCCGCCCGCGCGCUCACCGCCGCUGGCGACACGAAGCUCUCGGCGUAUGCGCCCGGCGGGCUGCAGCGUGAGGUGCGCACAGUGCGCAUGGGCCACGACACGCGCCCUCGCACUGCCCUCAGCAUUCUCGCCAGCGGCAUCUACCUCUCCGAGCUGGCGCGCUUCACCGAGACGGGGCUGCGCAUCAUGCUGAACCUGCUGCGCAUGCUCGUCGAUGCUCUGCCGCUGCCGGCGCUGCGCGUGCCGCUGCCAGCGAGGAUGCGCGGCUGGCCGCGCCGGGUCCGCCUGCUGUGGCACGGCACAAACGGCGAGGCGCGCCGCGCCAUCCGCGCGCAGGAGAAGGCUGCCGCCAAGACGACGCAGCAGCUCAUCGAACGCGUGGGUGGCAGCCUCGACGCUCUGCAGGGUCUCGAACGCGAGCGCGUCGAGCGCGACUGGGAACGCCUGGGCGGCGAGGUCAGCCGCUACGCGGCCAAGGGCGACCGCACGGGCGUGGCGCGCUGCCUCGACCGUGCGAGGACACUGUCGCGCCACGUCGCCGAGCUGCUGGAGGAGCAGCAGGCGCAAGAGGCGAGCGACGGAGAGUGGCGCGCCAGUGCGGCCGAGGAGAGCGAGACGGAGAGCGAGAGCGGCGCCGAGGACGUGCCUGCUGAACGCGGCCGGAGAGUCGUCCGCGGCGGCUCGCUGGCGGGCCUGCAGCUGGCACUGGGCGCAAAGGGCGAAGACCGGAGCCGCUGGCCUGCAGCGCCCGGCCCUGCCGACGAGGACGAAGAGACGGACGCAGCGACACUACUGCAGCUCGCGCGGCUCGACUUCGACGACGACGAGGACGACGGCUCCUGGGCCGCCGACGGCAUCAGCUCGCGCGUGCCCUUCGCUCAGGUCCUCAUGGCGCACCUCAGCCGGCCAAGCUCCUCGGGCCCCCUGACGCGCGCCCGCCUCGCGCAGCUCGUGCCCGGCACGUCGCUGCCCGUCGUGCUGGCGCAGCGCCGCUCGAGCGGCACGGCCGCCGUGGCGCCGCCGCGCAGCAGCAGCGAGGAGCGCGAGCGGCGGCGCACGUGCGUCAUCUGCCUGGCCGAGGAGCGCAGCAUCAUCUGCUGGCCGUGCCGCUGCCUGGCGCUGUGCGAUGCGUGCCGCGACGCGAUGGCCUCGCGGCCGCAGCGCGGCGACGCGGCAGGCGAGGGCGCACACGCCUGUCCAACGUGCCGUGCGCCCGUCGCCGCCUACUCGCGUGUCUUCUAUCCGUAG